GAGGAGGAGGAGGAGGAGGAGGGAAGAAAAAACCCAAGGCGAGGGUGGGUGGGGAAAGCGACGCCUUACUGUUCUUCUUGCUCUCCUUCUCCGGAGGCUGGCGAGAGCACCAACCAAGAAGGCAGUGGGCUCUGUGGUCUCAGCGCCUGUCUCUGGGAGGGAGAAGGGAGCGAUGCUGAGGGGAGGAAAAUGGCAGAGCUGCAGAUGUUACUAGAGGAGGAAAUCCCUUCUGGGAAGCGGGCUCUGCUCGAGAGCUACCAGAACCUCACCAGGGUCGCCGACUACUGCGAAAACAACUACAUCCAGGCUCCAGACAAGAGGAAAGCAUUAGAAGAAACCAAAGCUUAUACAACUCAAUCUUUAGCCAGUGUUGCUUAUCAGAUCAAUGCAUUGGCCAACAAUGUGCUCCAACUACUGGAUAUCCAAGCAUCCCAGCUCCGAAGAAUGGAGUCAUCAAUCAAUCACAUUUCCCAGACGGUGGACAUACAUAAAGAGAAGGUGGCCCGUAGAGAAAUCGGCAUUUUGACAACCAAUAAAAAUACAUCCAGAACACACAAAAUCAUUGCUCCUGCAAAUAUGGAGCGUCCUGUAAGGUAUAUUCGAAAACCUAUAGACUACACGGUGUUGGAUGAUGUGGGCCAUGGUGUAAAGUGGCUAAAAGCCAAGCACGGAAACAAUCAGCCUGCGAGAACUGGCACUUUGUCAAGAACAAAUCCGCCUACACAAAAACCACCAAGUCCGCCCAUGUCAGGCCGGGGAACUUUGGGGCGGAAUACUCCAUAUAAGACUUUGGAACCCGUUAAGCCACCAACAGUCCCUAAUGAUUACAUGACCAGUCCGGCAAGACUUGGAAGCCAGCACAGUCCUGGAAGGACAGCAUCGUUGAACCAGAGACCCAGAACACACAGUGGUAGUAGUGGAGGAAGUGGCAGUCGAGAAAACAGCGGAAGCAGCAGUAUUGGCAUUCCCAUUGCCGUGCCUACACCCUCGCCACCAACUGUUGGCCAAGCUCCACCAGCACCUCCAGUGCCCCCGCCUCUCAUGAUGGGUAAUAUGAUAGCUGUUCCUGGGUCAGUUCCUGGUUCCCAGUACGGCACAAUGACCAGGCAGAUUUCCCGACACAACUCUACUACUUCCUCGGCCUCUUCUGGUGGAUUUAGGCGGAAUCCUUCUGUGACCGCUUCAUUUUCUGCUCAACCUCAUGUUAAUGGCGGGCCUCUCUAUUCUCAAAAUUCAAUUACUAUUGCUCCGCCCCCUCCCCCUAUGCCUCAGUUGACUCCACAGAUACCUCUCACAGGCUUCGUGGCCAGGGUGCAGGAAAACAUUGCCGACAGUCCAACUCCGCCUCCGCCACCUCCACCUGAUGAGAUGCCUAUGUUUGAUGACUCCCCUCCACCUCCACCUCCACCUCCAGUGGACUAUGAAGAUGAAGAAGCUGCAGUAGUGCAGUACAAUGAUCCAUACGCAGAUGGAGAUCCUGCUUGGGCACCUAAAAGCUAUAUUGAGAAAGUUGUUGCCAUAUAUGACUACACAAAGGACAAGGAUGAUGAGCUGUCAUUCAUGGAAGGUGCAAUCAUUUAUGUUAUCAAGAAGAACGAUGAUGGCUGGUAUGAAGGCGUUUCCAACAGAGUGACUGGCCUGUUUCCUGGAAACUAUGUUGAAUCAAUCAUGCACUAUGCGGAUUAAGUUCCCUCUUCAGGCCAGAUCUUGUAUUCAAUCAUGCCAUAAUUAUUUACAAAGGGUAAACUUAAAGGUUAACACUUGUCUUAAUACUCUUUUAAAAUGUGCCCAUCUUUCCAGGCCAUACUGUUUAAAUGGUAUGAUUGAAUGUUCAUCCGUAAGCAUUUGUCUCUACAGAGUUUGUAAAAUGAGCAACUGUUUAUUACUGAUUAUGCUUAUUUACUUAAUGCAUUGUUGAUUUCUAUGGCCAGCCUAAAUAUUCUGGGGAAGUAGGGUAUAUAAUAUUUAAUGACUCAUGAUUCAAAUUGUGCCAUUACUUUUUUUUCAGUGCAGCAUGGUAAACUAACAACUAUGUUAGACUAACUAAAUCUGGUUGGAAAUUUUGAUAGUGCUGGUCAUUUACCUUUGUUUAGACUCCUGCUCAUCCUCAAAGUAUAGUAUUCAUUUAAAAGCAUGCAUACAAACUUAUGUAUUGAAUUAUACUUUUUUUCCAGAAAAAUCCAAGAUGCUUCCAAUUUGUUGUAAUCUUUUACCUGGAGUACUUUCACUAAAAGUUUAUUCCAGUGAGUCAUUUGAGUCUCUGAGGUGUUCGUGUGAAUCAAAGAUGGGUGGUCUUAUGAUGUGUAUGUACUUUGUACCUGAGGUUUUUUUUUUCUUUUUUGGAGUAAAUUUGCAUUGACUUUUCCAUUCAUAAAAUACAUAAGUGAACCAAAGGUCUUGUCCAUUACGUCUGUUGGCUUGCCUUGCAAAGCAAUAUUAAAGCAGCGAUUUAGCAAACUUCCCCCUUAUCAGCAGGGAUGCCUUUUGAUUGCAAAUCCACAAUGAAACGUCUCCUUAAAGGAAAAACAAGUUUCUUUGUGUAAAAUUACACAACUCCUUAGCUUCAUUUGUUUUGUGACUGGAAAUGAUGACAUCAGAAGACUACCACUUAUGCCUCUUUGAAUAGUUAGUGUCAGAACAAGCACGGUAAUAACAGGGUUACGGGGGAUUUGUUUUUCUUAAUUUACCACAUCACUUAAGCGUUGUCCAUUUAACUAUGAAGGUCUCAUAUCCUGCUGAAAAUAAAACUGCAUCAGUGAAAGGAUUUGCUACUGACUUGUCCACAUUCACUGUACUGAAGUAGAUUUCUGGGGGUGGGUGGGUGCGUGAAAUGACUCUAUGAAUACACAGAACCUGUGGGCCCAGAUGGAGGUGAGUAAUAUCAGAGAUGCUCAUCCAUGCAUCUCCUUGAAUGGAGCCAAUAUCAGCUCACCUAGAUUAGGACACAAGCUGUCACCAUUUAUUUUGCUCCUUUGAGAAAGUGUGCACUUUGACGCCUCCAUUUUGAGCAUGAGGUCAGCUGAAAUUUCUGGUUUGUUUGUACAAAAUUUGUAUUACUUAGAUAAUCUAAGACAGACUAUGAUUUAGUAAGGGAUUUGUUUCUUUUUAUUUAGGAAAACUGUAUUUGGGGCAUUCAGUGCUGCCCUAAUGGGUAUUAAACUUAAAUGAUAAAAAGCAGGUGUACUGGAUGUGUGAAAGCAGUUGCAAUUAUUUUCUAGUGUGACAUUAAACACUGAAGGAGUCCUCGUCUCCUAACCUUAAAUAAGUCUAAUUAUAUUAAAUGCUUUUUUGCCUUUUCCUAAUUGUUAACAUGUUAUUUCUGAGAAGAAUUAGCAUCCCAUAAAAUCUCUGUAUUCCCUUUAUAAAUUGGACCAUCUCUUCAUCUGUAUAUAACCUGUUUUAAUUACAAAAUUUUAUGUACAGUCUUUUAUAAUAAACCGAUCUCCUUUAAUUUUCUGGGUACUCUGAAAUUCUAAUAGGCAAUUAGGUCACUCAAGGUAUUUUUGUAGUCCCAGCAACACACCAGGGAUUACAGAAAUGAGUUUUUCAUCACAUUGAUUGUAUUUAUUCUUUGUGGCCUUCAGUGUCAAUACUGAACAAUGUAAACAGUGCCCAGUGAAACAAGAACCCUCCUUGUAAAAAAAAAGAAAAGAAGAGAGACCACGCAGGCACAGGGCAUUGCUACCAGCUUAACAGACAGAUCAUGUUUUCAUCUUUUUGUAUGGCUUCCUUCAAUAAAACAUUUGUACUUCAUAUAAA